AUGAGGCCUAUUUUGCUCUCGGGCCAUGAACGGUCCCUGAACCAGAUCAAGUUCAACAAGGAUGGCGACCUUCUUUUCUCGGUUGCCAAGGAUAAGAUUGUGUGCGCAUGGUGGUCUGCCAACGGCGAGCGUCUCGGAACCUACCAGGGUCACCAGGGUGCUAUUUGGACUGUCGACGUGAGCCCCAACACCGUUCUCCUGGCGACUGGAUCAGCAGACAACACUGUGCGACUAUGGAACAUCAAGACUGGCGAGUGCGUGAAGGUUUGGGAUUUCCCGACGGCCGUGAAGCGCGUCGCGUUUUCUCCGGAUGGCAGCAAGCUGUUGGCAGUGACAGAGAAGCGUAUGGGUUUCCUCGGCACCAUCGUCGUCAUGGAUAUCAAGUAUGGUGAUGGCAAGCUGGGCAACCUCGAGGAUCAGGCCGAUGAGCCUAGCUUGAAGAUUACCUGUGAGGACAGCAAGGCGACCGUCGCGGGGUGGAGUUACCUGGCCAAGUACAUCAUCGCGGGACACGAGGAUGGCAGCGUCAGCCAGUACGACCCCAAGACCGGUGACCAGCUGGAGAACGUCCAGGCCCACGAGUUCGACCACCAGAUCAACGACAUUCAAUUCUCCCCUGAUCGCACCUGCUUCCUUACUGCCUCCAAAGACAAGUCCGCCAAGCUUAUCUCCGCUCGCAACCUCGCCAUCAUGAAGACCUACAUCGCCGACACCCCCCUCAACUCUGCCGCCAUCACUCCCAAGAAGGACUAUGUGAUUCUGGGCGGUGGUCAGGCCGCGAUGGAUGUCACAACCACCUCCGCCCGCCAAGGUAAAUUCGAGGCUCGCUUCUACCACAAGAUUUUCGAAGACGAAAUCGGCCGUGUCCGCGGCCACUUCGGUCCUCUUAACACCAUCGACGUCCACCCCGCCGGUACCGCCUACGCCUCCGGUGGUGAGGACGGCUACGUCCGUAUUCACCACUUCGACAAGCCCUACUUCGACUUCAUGUACGAGGUCGAGCGUGAGCAGCUGCGAAAGUAA